AUGCCUGUUUGGGGGACGUCGGGCGAUCGCUAUGACUUCCUGAUGUCAACUACAACACAGCUACGACAUAGCGACAAGUGCCUUCAAAGAGCAGGCAUACCGACCCGCUCGCCUGAGACGGGGGUAGUCAACACCAUUGGAAGGUCGAGGUUAAAGGAGGAGGAUUACUUCUGUACGUGGCGUGCCAGUUGCGGAGCAAGAAGCACGACGUCCCGAGGCGUGGAACACGUCGAUCGAGUAUCGAACAUUUUGUACCCAGGCACCGCUAAGCUCGUGCUCUGA